GGGAGGGGCCGCCCUUAGAGGGCGCUGCCAGGAAAAGAAGUUUAGCUUUGGGUGGUUAGAGGGGCUUCCCCUCCCCCAGGCAGGGCAGGGCAGGGCUGGGCCGGCAUCUCCUCGUCCUCAGGUUCUCUUGCUGAGCUUGUUCAAGGGGCUGCGAGUCGGGCGGCACUAUGUGGCGGACAGCGGUGCGAUUUUGUGCAUUAAGCAAAGGACGAGGAAUUUUUGGUGGGACACCCAGCCAACAGACAUUUAAUCAUGGAACCAAGGAAACCUUUGAUAUGAAUGCAUCAGACACAACUAUACAUGUGAAUGAAGUACGGAAGAAGCUUCGGGAGAUAGUAGGAAUAUCCUUGCACUGGAGAGACCAUAUUAAAGCGAUGGAGGAAAGAAAGUUACUUCAUAAUCUUUUGCCUAAACAGCAGGCAGACCUGACUCCGAGGAGAAUAAAGGACAGUUACAUCGAAGUCCUUUUGCCUUUGGGAUCUCAGCCUCAGUUACGGGAGAGAUAUUUGUCCUCAAAUAAUGUUGUAAGAUUUGGCAGGAUUCUGGAGGAUCUUGACAGCUUAGGAGUUCUCAUUUGCUAUACUCACACCAAAAUAGAUUCUGUCAAGAUGUCCCCUUACACUAUUGUGACGGCCUUGGUUGACAAAAUUGAUUUACGUAAGAGAGAUAUAAGCCCAGAAUGUGACAUUCAUUUCAAUGGACAUGUGAGUUGGGUUGGAAAGACAUCUAUGGAAGUCAAGAUGCACAUGUAUCAGUUACAGGAUGCUGUUAGACAUCACAUCUUGGAGGCCACAUUUGUAAUGGUGGCCCGUGAUCCCGAGAGUAAAGGGCCAGCUUUUAUAAACCCACUAGUCCUUGAAACUCCAGAGGAAGAAGAACUCUUCAAGCAAGGAGAAUUGAAUAAGGGGAGGCGGAUUGCUCUCACCACUGCAUCCUUAUUGAAGAUGGCUCCCACGGCAGAAGAAAGGAAUGCCAUUCAUGACAUGUUCCUUAAUACACUGGAUUCGAGGACUGUAACUUUUCAAAGUCAAGUUUUACGUCCCGAUUCAAAGUGGAUGGAAGAUACAAAAUUGAAGACCCUGCAUAUAUGCCAUCCUGAGAAACGGAACAUUUUCAAUAGAAUCUUUGGAGGUUACCUUAUGAGAAAAGCAUAUGAACUUGGUUGGGCUACUGCUUCUCAAUUUUGUGGUUCCAGAGCUUUUCUAGCUGCUGUAGAUGAUAUCGUGUUUCAGAGCCCUGUUGAAAUUGGAUCACUGCUUUUUUUGUCUUCCCAGGUUUGUUUUACUGAAAAGAAUUACAUUCAAGUCAGAGUACACAGUGAAGUAUCUUUACCUUGCACUAAAGAGCACAAGACUACCAAUAUUUUCCAUUUUACGUUUUAUGCCAAAGAAAAUGUGCCAUUGGUGAUUCCCAAAACUUAUGGAGAGUCCAUGUUGUUUUUAGAUAGUCGGCGACAUUUCAUGUCUGUUAUGGAAGAAACAAGAUGAACAGGAAAAUUCCUAUCCAGCAUUGGCCUAAAAAAUGCUACCUUUUGGAACCAGAGGAUGACAGAGCAUACGGUAUUUAAGGAGGAUAGGAAGAGUUAUGGGGGGACUACUAUAAAAGCAUUCUAGUCUUCAUGGAGAAGGAUCAUUUGUAGAAGAAAAGGAAUCUUUGAUUAACCCAACAACAACAAAAACAAAAAUCUUAAAAUAAUUUAUGCUGGGUUUAUAACCCAAUUUAGUACUAAACUGCU